AUGAUCGUGGGUUUCGGCGGCAGUGGCUUCGGCCAGGUUGCCAUCGCUGUCGCCGUCUCCUUCCUCAUCCGCGUCUUUUCCGCUCCCGGCCCUGCUCUCUUGCCGGAAAACGACCCUGAUGAUACGCCGGAAAACGGUUCUGACGACGCCGAAGCCCCGGACGCCGGCAAGGUCACACCGGUCACAAUCAGAUGGAGAAACAUCAAUUGCUCCCUUUCCGAUAAUUCCUCCAAGUCCGUGAGGUUUCUACUUAAAAAUGUGAGUGGAGAAGCGAGGCCUGGAAGGUUAUUAGCCAUAAUGGGACCUUCAGGUUCAGGGAAGACAACGUUGCUUAAUGUUCUUGCCGGUCAGCUCACAGCAUCUCCUCGGUUGCAUUUGAGUGGCGUUUUGGAGUUUAAUGGAAAGCAUGGUUCGAAGAACGCGUACAAGUUUGCAUAUGUGAGACAGGAGGAUCUCUUUUUCUCGCAGCUCACUGUGAGGGAGACUUUGUCUCUUGCUACCGAACUUCAGCUUCCCAACAUAUCUUCUGCUGAAGAGAGGGAUGAAUUCGUGAACAAUCUCCUUUUCAAACUAGGCUUGGUGAGAUUGCUUUGUAUCCCGGAACUUGUGUUGGUGCAAAGUGGGUACUGCUAUUGUGCUGAUACCAAUGUUGGUGAUGCAAAAGUUCGAGGAAUUAGUGGUGGUGAAAAGAAACGUUUAUCCUUGGCAUGUGAACUACUUGCUAGCCCAUCUGUUAUAUUUGCUGAUGAACCCACAACAGGUCUUGAUGCCUUCCAGGCUGAGAAAGUCAUGGAAACUCUCCAGCAACUUGCACAAGAUGGUCAUACUGUUAUUUGUUCUAUACAUCAGCCAAGAGGUUCAGUGUAUAGUAAAUUUGACGAUAUUAUCUUGCUAACUGAGGGUUCACUUGUUUAUGCGGGUCCUGCUCGUGAUGAGCCACUGACAUACUUCUCAAAAUUUGGGUACCAGUGCCCAGAUCAUAUAAAUCCUGCUGAAUUUUUGGCUGAUCUUAUAUCGAUAGACUACAGUUCUGCUGACAGUGUCUAUACCUCUCAAAAAAGAAUUGAUUCUCUUGUUGAGUCAUUUUCACAAAGGCUAUCUAGAGUUAUAUACGCAACUCCAAUUACUGUAAAUGAUCUCUCUAACGGUAGAAAGAAAACCAGUCAGAGGAAAGUAGCAAUGAAGAAGGGAGUUUGGUGGAAGCAAUUUUGGUUGCUCCUUAAAAGAGCAUGGAUGCAGGCUUCCCGUGAUGUACCUACAAACAAAGUUCGGGCAAGGAUGUCAAUUGCAUCAGCAAUUAUCUUUGGGUCAGUAUUUUGGAGAAUGGGAAAUUCUCAGACUUCAAUACAAGACAGAAUGGGAUUGCUUCAGGUUACUGCAAUAAACACAGCUAUGGCUGCUCUCACAAAGACUGUAGGUGUGUUUCCAAAGGAACGGGCUAUUGUAGAUAGAGAACGUGCUAAAGGCUCAUAUUCCUUGGGUCCCUAUCUGUUCUCAAAAUUGUUGGCCGAGAUUCCCAUUGGAGCAGCAUUUCCAUUAAUGUUUGGCACUGUUUUGUAUCCAAUGGCACGUCUUCAUCCUACUUUGCAGAGGUCAGUUUCUAUCUUGGGCUCUACAAGCUGGGGUGACCAGCGAAUAUUUGGAAAGUUCUGUGGCAUUGUCACAAUGGAAUCUUUUGCUGCAUCUGCUAUGGGUCUUACUGUUGGUGCUAUGGUUCCAACCACUGAAGCAGCAAUGGCAGUAGGUCCCUCUCUCAUGACAGUUUUUAUUGUUUUUGGAGGCUACUAUGUUAAUCCAGAGAAUACCCCAAUCAUCUUCCGUUGGAUUCCUAAUGUUUCUCUGAUUAGAUGGGCUUUUCAGGGACUUUGUAUCAAUGAAUUUAGAGGUCUUCAAUUUGACCAUCAACAUUCAUUUGAUAUUCAAACUGGAGAACAGGCGCUAGAGCGAAUUUCCUUUGGGAAAAGUAGGAUUAGGGAUACGGUGAUAGCGCAAAAUAGAAUACUACUAUUUUGGUAUUGCACGACCUAUCUUCUCCUCGAGAAAAACAAGCCCAAAUACCAGCAACUUGAAACCCCUAUUGACGACAACAAACCGCUUUUAAAACUUGAGGAGCUAAAUUCUGAACAAGUUGAUGAGACACUUGAAGCAACGCCUGUCGGCCAAGUUGAUUCCAACCAGCCCCUUGAGUCACCUGGAGAAGAUCUUGUUGGCCCUUUUGUCCUCCAAGGUUUGUAA